ACGUCCUCCCAUUCUCACCGCGCAUGCAUGGUGAUCACCGAUCACGAACAGAGCCGAAGAUGUCGGCUCGGUCAUGUGAUCAGCUGUGUCCAAUCACAGCUGAUCAUAUGGGACAUGUACACUGAUCAUCAGGGCACUGAUGAUCAGUGUGCCCUGAUGAUCAGUGUAGCCCCAGCAGUGACAUCUGUCAAAGUCCAUCAGUGCCAGCUGUCAGUGCCGAUCAGUGCCACAUAUCAGUGCAUACCAGUGCACAUCAAUGCCACAUAUCAGUGCCCAUCUGAGCUGCCUUUCAGUGUCAUCCAUCAGUGCCAGUCAGUGCCAUCUGCCGCCUAUCAAUGCCAAUCAGUGCUGCCAGCGCCAGUCAGU